CCACGCGUAUUUUCUGAUUUGCAACUACAAACCUUCAGCACCUCUUUAAUCGUAAUUCGCACUUUUUUGUGGCUCUCCAAGCUAUGAAAGCCCGUCCAUUCGUUUGACAAGCACAUAAAUUUUUCUAAACAUUGUGCUCUCCACUCGUAAACUCUUCUUGUGUUGUUUUUGCUUUGACAGCAAGGCGGCUUCCUGUCCCUAUCGGCCACGAAUAACCACGUCCAGCUUUACAUAUUCUUUAUUAUUUAAUUCCUACUAUAGAGGGGCGUACUGACACGUCUCUCGUACUCUUGAUCCACCACGGCUUCGACACUUAUUCACCAGCGCCCAAUGGGCCUUGACAUUCACCACACACCAUCGAUACAUACUUCAUCGCUCCGACCAAGUCCGCCGUCCGACGAUCGACCUUCACUUCCAUCUAUCGGCCUGAGCAUCUCGCGACCCAGCUCUAGGUUGAGUACCACAAGUACAAGGAGUUUGAGUAGUGGAUAUUACGAGGCGGCGAGGCAGCAUGUACAGCUACCAGGCUUAAGCGCCCUGGCGAGUAUUGCUGCCAACACGUCGCCUCCGGAGCGACAGUUGUCGCAGGCUCCUCAGCCAGGCGUGAACUUCCUUGGCUACACGCCCACGCCUUCGGCGGCUCCGGGCGGCAUUGGCACAGCUCCUCCAGUUUGUCAAAAUUGCUCGACCUCGACUACCCCACUCUGGCGCCGUGAUGAAAACGGCAGCGUCCUCUGCAAUGCUUGCGGUCUUUUCCUCAAGUUACACGGCAAACCACGACCGAUAAGCCUGAAGACAGAUGUGAUCAAGAGUCGGAAUCGAGUGAAAGCGACAGGCAAGAGAUCCACAAGCCAUGUAUCAUCGCAAGAACAGCAGCCUCGGAUUCAGCAAGUGUCGUUGGCCGCCAGCCAUCCUGGCAUAUCCCAUCUCAAUCCCGAACAGCGCCCGCAUUUUCAACCGCAGUCUGCAAGCACUGACUCGUCCACGACCUCUCCCAUGUCGAGAUCGGGCACGCCGGGACUAAACGGACAUAAUAUCGCCCCUCAACAUAUGUUUGAUCAGGUCAUUCAGAUUCCUGGCUCAAGUGAGAACUAUGGCCCGUCGCCAUCGAUAUCACAAUUCACAUUCCGCGCUAACUCUCCCGGUGCUGCCUCGACCUCAUCAUUGCUAGCGACUAGUGCACAAGCUGGUUCGGCUACCGGUCAACCGGAUAUACCUCAGGACGUAACGGCGAUCAAGACUAGGGUUUCAGAACUCGAGGUUAUUAACGAUCUAUUUAGAGGAAGAGUGGCGGAGCUAGAGGCGUUGUUAGCUGAGAAGCAACAGCAAGCAGAGCUUGACAGGCAGGAGAAGGAGCAAUUGAGGAUGGACCUUGAACAGGCAAGGCGGAAGAUAGAGGAGUUGGAGAACGAAGGCGGUGAGCAUAGAUCGAAGAGACUUCGAGUCGAGGACUUCGUUCGGGAUGACGCCAGUGGCAGCGACAACUGAGUCUUGCAUUUCCUGGAGGCAUCGUUUGACAUUUUUGCGAAUAAUGGCGUUGUCUGCAGUCGUGGCGUUAUAACGAGCAUGGAUAUAUUCACAUACAUCAUGCGGGCUUGCUUUUCUUCAACUAUGGAGAAUCACCUACAAUGUACAUAAUAAGUCGAUUUCCGUAGGGCAUCGCGUAGGUGUCCAUUUUUAAAUGCUUUGUGUAAACCUUUCCCAGUGGAGAUUCGCCAGUUGGAAACUGAACUACAUAGAGAUUGAUUGGUUUGCGGCCUCUGUAGAAAUAAGGAUGAGAGAAAAAUGAAAAGAGCAAUCCCUGCAGUUGAUUAUGCUCUAUGUUUUCA